AUGUCGCCAACCGUCCAGAAAGAAGAUCUAGUGACACCCAUCGCGGUGGUGGGUAUGAGCUUUCGCGGUCCUGGGGAUGCCACCAAUACCGACGGUUUGCUGCGAAUGGUUGCUGAAGGCCGGGAAAGCCGGGCGAGGAUCCCCAAGCAAAAAUGGAAUAACGAUGCAUUCUAUCAUCCAGAUGGGAAUAGAUACGGAACGCAUAACGUCGAAUAUGGACACUGGUUCCAGCAAGAUGUGUAUGAAUUCGAUGCGCCAUUCUUCAACAUAUCUGCGCCGGAGGCAGCAGCUCUCGAUCCACAGCAACGUAUGCUUCUAGAAUGCUCGUACGAAGCUCUCGAGAAUGCUGGAAUUCCAAUGUCCAAGGUUGUCGGGACCGACACUUCGGUUUUCACAGCUUGCUUUUGCACGGACUAUACAGACAUGCUCUGGAGAGACCCGGAGAGCGUGGCUAUGUACCAGUGUACUAACUCGGCUUUCUCUCGAGCGAAUAUGGCGAAUCGAGUAUCAUACUCCUUCGAUUUGAAAGGCCCCAGCAUAACAGUAGACACGGCAUGCUCCGGGGGUUUAUCUGCACUGCAUCUUGGCUGCCAGAGUCUACUAUCUGGAGACGCAUCACAGGCCAUCGUUUCGGGCGCCAGUGUGAUAUUGGGCCCUGAGGCUAUGGUAACAAUGAGUAUGAUGAAGUUUCUCUCACCCGAUGGAAGAUGUUAUACUUUCGACGAACGAGCGAAUGGCUAUGCUCGAGGUGAGGGCAUUGCUGUUCUUAUCCUGAAGCGUCUAGGCGACGCAUUGAGAGACGGUGACACCGUCCGGGCUGUCAUUCGUGGUACUAGCUCCAAUCAAGAUGGCAAGACGCCGGGAAUUACUUUGCCCAAUGGCCAAUCGCAAGAGUCACUGAUCAGGUCGGUAUACCAGAAGACUGGCCUCGACCCGCUGGAGACCUCCUACGUGGAAUGUCACGGAACAGGUACCCAGGCCGGUGACACAACUGAGACCGCUGCUAUAUCUAAGAUCUUCAACCCCGGGCGCAAGUUGAAAGAUUCUCUCGUCCUUGGCUCGGUGAAAACGAACAUUGGGCACCUUGAAGCAGCGAGUGGGCUCGCAGGAGUUAUUAAAUCCAUUCUAAUGUUGGAGAAUGGAGUCAUAUUGCCACAGCGUAAUUUCGAGAAGGCCAAUCCUCGAAUUCCACUAAAGGAAUGGAAUCUCAGAGUUCCUACGACUGUUGAAGCAUGGACGUGCUUGACGCCUCGCCGUGCCUCGUUAAACAGCUUUGGCUAUGGCGGGGCGAACGUCCACGCAAUUCUGGAAAGCGCUGAAGAUUAUCUUAUGGCGCGUGGUAUCGAUGCUGGAAGGUACACAAGAAGAUCUGCCUUAGCGAUAAAGGCAAUCCAGGAUACUCUUGAUAUGGGCGGCAACGGAAUUCCCAAUGGCAACGUGUUCACUAAAGGACACCUCGACAUGAACGGUUUCGACAAUGGGAGUGAGUCAGACGACCCGGAUUCUGUCCCGCAACUCUUUGUACUUUCCGCGUUCGAUUCGGUCGCAGGGGAUGCGUGGGCAGGCAAACUCGCGGACUACGUCAGCCAGAGACCGGACCGAGACGACGCUGGAUUCCUCCAAAGCCUCGCUUUCACGCUCAGCGACAGGAGAACCAUUCAUCCUUGGAAAGCCAUUGUAGCUGCUUCAUCUGGGCAAGAUCUGAUUUCGCGGCUCAAGGCCGUCAAAUUCACCAAUAAUCCUCCUCCGAAGAAUCUUGGCUUUGUGUUCACUGGACAGGGUGCCCAGUGGUGUGGCAUGGGCAAAGAGCUCAUUUGUGGCUCACCACGCUUCCGAAAAAGCUUGGAACUCUGCGGAGCGGCGGUCCGGCAAGUGGGAGCAUCGUUUGAUGUCUUAGAUGAGCUUCAGAAAGACUUUCAUACUUCACAUAUAAACAAAGCGAUGUAUAGUCAGACCCUUUGCACGGCUGUGCAGAUCGCCCUAGUGGAUAUGCUCGAGUCCUGGGGUGUACGUCCCGACUGCGUCACUGGACACUCUAGUGGAGAGAUUGCAGCCGCAUACGCCGUCGGUGCGUUAAGCCUAGAGGAUGCAAUGCUCGUAGCAUACGCUAGAGGCUGCGCGUCGACGGAGCUUGCCAAAGCAGGUGUGAAAGGCGCCAUGGCCGCAGUGGGCAUGGGGAGGGAUGACCUUAUCCCGAUCCUCUCGAGUUUGCAGAGUGGAAAGGCCGUGAUAGCUUGCUCUAACAGCCCUUCCAGCAUAACUGUUUCUGGAGACAAGGCUGCUCUUGACGAGCUACACCAAGUCUUGCGAACGAAAGGCGUGUACAACAGGAAAUUGAUCGUUGAAGUUGCGUAUCACUCUCAUCACAUGGCACUUGUUGCGGACAGCUAUCGGAACGCCAUUAACAACAUUAAGGUGCUCGAGGGUAACGGCGUCAAGUUUUUCUCCUCUUUAACUGGCAAGCAGAGCGUCAUCUCCAAGCUGGACGCGGACUACUGGGUUUCCAACAUGGUAGGCGAGGUCAAAUUCGCCCAAUCUUUGCGCCAAAUGGCCAACCGUGGUGGUUCGGACAGUAAUUACCCGGUGCAGACACUGGUGGAAAUGGGCCCGCAUGCAGCCCUCGCUGGGCCAAGCAGGCAGGUACUGGAAGCAGAUGAGACACUCACCAAAUCGGCCAUUGAAUACUGGUCGGUCUUGGUCCGAAAAAAGGAUGCAGUGGCAACGGCAUUGGAGCUUGCAUCCAACCUGUUCAUGGCAGGAAAAGCUAUUAGGAUGGCUGCUGUCAAUCAGCAUGCUGAAUGCGGUAUUCCUCCGUUGAUCGACCUGCCCUCGUAUGCCUGGAACCACACCAAAUCAUACACUGCCGAAUCAAGGAUCAGUAGAGCAUAUCGUGAACGGCCAUUUCCCAGAGUCGAUCUUCUCGGUGUACUGGAGACUCAAUCCAGUAUGCUGGAGCCACGCUGGCGGAAUUACAUUCGCUUGUCGGAGAUACCUUGGGUGCGAGAUCACAUGAUCCAGUCCUCCAUCGUGUACCCGGCGGGAGGUUAUAUCAGCAUGGCAGUUGAGGCAGCGAGACAACGGAUUAUGAUGAGGGCGGCGGGCACACAGAUUGUAGGCUACCAGUUCCGAGAUGUUCACAUCAGCUCCGCUCUUGUCAUCCCAGAUGAACCUGGAGAGGUGGAAGUCGUAAUUACGCUCAAACCUUUCUCAGAAAGCGUCCGAUCGCCGUCGAGCCUGUGGGAUGAGUUCUGUAUUUCGUCCGUCUCGAGGGAGAAUCGAUGGACAGAACAUUGCCGUGGACUGAUUGCGGUUCGAACUCCAUCUAAGACAUCGAAUCCCGUCAACGGCCAGGCACAUGAUGAGUCGGAAAAGGCUGCUUACAAGGAGCUGGCUGAAACCUAUGACGGCAUCUGCGUGAACUCGACAGACGUCGCAGAGUUCUAUGAGCACCUUCACCAGAUUGGAAUGGACUAUGGUCCGACCUUCGCCAAUAUCUGCAGUAUACGCUCCGGGCGACGAGAAUGCAUUGCCGAAAUACAAAUUCCAGACACGGCCGCCGGUAUGCCGAUGCAAUUUGAGCAUGACUUUGUCAUACAUCCUGCGGUGGUAGACAGCAUCUUCCAGACCUUCCUCCCAGUGCUAGAAGCAAAUCUGGGCAACCUUCAGGAUGCUGUGAUCCCUGUCUCAAUCGAAGAUAUGUACAUCGCGCAUGGAUUGACGAGACAGCCAGGCAAGACACUGAACUCGUACACAGCGACAACCCCCAAGGACUACCGCUUCACCUCUGCGACCAUGACGGUCUUUGAAGGUUCUUAUACAUCUGGUAGCAAGCCAGUCGUUCACGUGGGCGAAAUAACCUUGGCGGCCCUGGACCGCCAUGAAGCGGGCGCAAAUGACAAUACGGUGCCAUCAAGGGCAUUAAAUAUGAAUUGGGCGCCUGAAAUAGACGCUUUGACAGAGCAGCAGGUCACCGCUAUCUGCACACCUCCUACAGCAACCGAGGCAUCGAUGCCAAUUCAGCUGAAUGAAGCUGUUCUGUGUCUACUCUGGGCUGCUCUCGCCAAGGUUCCCGAACAGAAAUCAGUGUCAGCAGGCGAGUACCCUUACAGACUCUGGAAGUGGAUGCACUCCCAAGCAGAGCAGUCGAAGGUCUCUAGGGAAGAUAAUGCUAUUGGUGGAGACGAGGUGUUCGGAGAGGUUGGUCCUACGGUACGACGGAUUGCCCAAAUACUGCCGGAUCUACUAGUUGGCGAGAGGUCGCCUGCGGACCUGGGGAAGGAGUACGACCUAGAUGCCGUCAGCGCUACCCCAGGGCUCUUUGAAAACAACCAGCCGGCGGCAAGCUACCUCUAUCUUCUCGCCCACAAGAAGCCAGAUCUAUCGAUCCUAACAUUAGGGCCCCAAUCAGGCCCAGCGUCACUGAACCUGCUCUCUCUGUUAACCAAUCUCGGCCACGACACGGCUCCCUUCACAACUUUCCAUUUCACCGAUACGGAAUUUGACUUGGAUGAAAUAGUCAAGGCCAAAUUUCCCGCCUGGGCUGAGUCAGUCGCGUUCAAGGGAGUCAACGCUGGCGAUGGCGGCGUACUUGAGGAUGUGAAUUCGCGAGGGGUCAACGACGCCUACGACGUUGUAGUGGCUUUCAAUGUGCAUAAUUCAGGUGAACAGCUAUCGAAAACGCUGACAUCGACCUUUAAGAUGAUCAAGCCUGGUGGCAGGCUCGUGCUGGUUAACAAUGCGGUGCAUUCCGCUGUCGCGACUAUUCUAUGGGGCCCCAUGCCCAGCUUUCUCUCAAGCCAGAGCGACCAUUGGGCAGACCUGUCGUCAUCGGCGGUGGACGCGGUGAUUCGGCAGACUGGUUACACGACGCAUGCUGUGCUUUCCAGAAACCGAAAGCCAUACGAUGCGAUGUUCCUCCGGACGGCAGCCACUCACGAGGUGAUGGGCCAGGUGAAAGACGCGCUCAUCGUGGUGGACGAUGAGCAGCCGGGUAUUGAUUUGGGGCAACUGCAGCGGUUGUGCGAGAAACGUGGGAUUGCGACGCACACUGUUCCACUAGAGCACGCCGACCCCAAGCCAGAUCAGGCGUGCAUCGUCCUCAGCGACCUCACAAAGCACGUGCUUGCUGCACCGAGGGCGUUGGAGUGGGAGGCGAUUAAGAGGAUUGCCCUCGGCGGGGCAGGGCUGUUGUGGGUAACCAGGGGCGCGGGAGUGGCUGGCGGGAGGGGUGUGGACCCCGAAGCUUCGCUUAUCUAUGGCUUUGCACGAACCAUCCGCGCCGAAACCGGGGAUAGGCCGGUUGUCACCUUGGAUCUCGACAGCUGCAGUAAUGCAAUAGGUACGACCGCCGCCGCCGUCAUUGCCGACCUCUUCUCGCGCACUAUUGCAUCUGCUGGCAACAAUGACGCGGCCGAAUGCGAGUUCGCCGAGCGCGGCGGAGUCCUUCACGUGCCUCGCCUCGUCGAGGAUGUCGACGCGAGCGAGCAGCUGCAGGCCGAGAAUAGGCCGCAGCCAUCCCAGGGUGUACCGUCGCCUCACCGACUGGACCAGACAGGCUCGUCGCGGCUCUUAGUGGGCACGCCUGGUCUGCUGGACAGCCUGCACUUCGCUCCUGACGAGCGUGUCGAGGGCCCGCUUGGGGUCGGGCAGGUCGAGGUGGAAGUCAGAGCGGCGGGCAUCAAUUUCAAGGACGUGAUGAUGUCCAUGGGCCAGAUUCCAGUCGAAAACUUGGGCUGCGAGUGCGCAGGCGUGGUGGUUUCAGUCGGGUCGGCCGUCGAGUCAGAUCCAGAGGCUCCCAGCAUAGGAGACCGAGUCAUGUGUCUCUCUGGCGGCUCGUUCUGUACGAGGCUCAGGGUUGAUGCUCGGCUCGUCCUGCGUCUUCCCGAUUCGCUUUCCUUUGAGACGGCGUCGGCACUUCCAAUCACCUAUGUAACGGCAUAUCACUCAAUUCACAACAUCGCUCGCCUGCGCAGGGGCGAGACCAUCCUGAUUCACGCGGCUGCGGGCGGGCUCGGACAGGCCUUGGUCCAACUGAGUAUGCUGGCCGGCGGCGACAUUUUUGUCACCGUGGGCAGCGUGGAGAAGAAGAAGCUAGUUAUGGAGCAAUUCGGUCUGCUAGAGGAGCGCAUCCUGUACAGCCGUGACACGAGCUUUGCCGCCGACAUCAUGCGGCUCACUCACCACCGCGGCGUCGACGUCGUCAUGAAUUCCCUAGCGGGCGAGGCGCUGCGGGAGAGUUGGGAAUGCAUAGCCCCGUACGGCCGCUUCGUCGAGCUAGGUCAGCGAGACAUCACAAUCAAAUCCAGGCUGGACAUGGCUCCGUUUGCCCGCAACGCGUCCUUUACGGCCUACAACCUGGCCUACACGCUGAGAAACGACCCCAGUGCGGUGCGGGAGGUCAUGGCCAAGGUGUUGGCGCUGUACACCGAUGGCAGGGUGCGAGGGCCGUCUCCGCUCGAGACGUACCCCUUUUCGCAGCUCGAGCAGGCGUUCCGUAGGAUGCAGACAGGACGACACAUGGGCAAGCUCGUGGCGGUUGUCCAGGGGCAUGACGUUGUUAAGUUUGCGGCAGCGGCAGCGGGCCGGCCCCUGCUCCGGCCCGACGCGGCGUACAUGCUAGUGGGCGGGCUCGGGGGGCUUGGUCGCGCCACCGCUAUGUGGAUGGCCGCGAGAGGGGCGCGUCACCUUAUAUUCCUCAACCGUUCCGGUCCUGACAGCGAGGCAGCUCGUGAGACGGUGGCCGCGUUACACGAUGCGGGCUGUUCCACUGUCGUCUUCGCUUGCGAUGUCGCGGACGCGGGUCAGCUCACUGCCGUCCUGGACGACGCCCGCCGACGAUUUCCCCCCAUACGAGGCGUUGUUCAGGGCGCCAUGGUCCUGCGCGACGCCAUGCUCGACGGCAUGAAGCUGGAAGACUACUCGGCUGUCCUGCGGCCCAAGGUGCAGGGCACGUGGAAUUUGCACGCCUGUCUGCCUGAAGAUCUGGACUUCUUCGUCAUGGAGUCUAGCAUCAGUGGCAUCGUGGGCAACACGGCGCAGGCAGCCUACGCUGCCGCAAACACGUUCCUCGACGCUUUCGCUUUGUACAGGAGGGAGCGCGGGCUUCCUGCGACCACUGUUGACAUCGGCGCCGUGGCUGGCAUCGGCUAUCUGGCGCGCAAUGACGCGCUGAGGCUGGCCAUGGAGCGGCAGGGCUUCGAUUUCACCGACGAAUCGCGCCUAAUGCGCCUUCUAGAAUUCGCUAUCCGGCACUCGGAACGCGAGCCUAGGCAAGCCCACAUCGUGACAGGCUUGGGAGCUUGGCACCCAGACACCUCAUUGCCAGCCCUGCGCGGGCCUGUUUUCUCGCGCUACCGCAUCAUGUCCUCGUUCGCCGGCGGCGCCGGCAAUUCCGAUGAUACGCUGCGCCGAGCCCUUAAGCAGGCGCCGAGCCUCGAUGCCGCUGUUGCCAUCAUCCUAGGUGCGCUCGUUGAACAUAUCGUCUCACGCACGGGCAUUCCACCCGAGAACGUGAGCCCAGCCAAGAGCCUCCAAGACUACGGCAUUGACUCCCUGGCUGCGGUCGAGCUGCGGAACUGGCUGUCAAAGGAGAUGGAGAGCACAGUGCCCAUCUUCGAGCUAUUGGGAGCCGAGUCUCUCGCCAUCUUGGCCACCGAAAUUGCCGGGCGAAGCAGGUUGAUCAUCACAGCCUAUGCAAGGACAUAGGAGAUGGUUUGACAUAUUCGUCGCUCGUGACUCGACACUAUAUCGAGUUCUGUGGACUUGUGCCUUAAUUUUGCUUGAUCUAUCUACUUUUUCUUACAUGGCUUAGAUCUAUCACCAUUUCUCUAAUACAGCUCUUUAUUUCAGCUAGUAAGAAAGCUCGGUCUGAUUUAGCUAGGUCUAAAAAAAGGCUACCUCCACAAAGACUGUCUCUAUGUCAAUUUAUAUUGUGGAUAUACAUAUGUCUUUCGUUUCGCUAUAUCUUUGAACACACCAGAACAGAUCCAUCAUGUAGUUAUAUAUGC